UAACAGUUUAGCCUUUACUACACCCUGAUUAUUCGCAACAUCUCAAUGAAACUUGCAUUGAGCUGUAGAUACACAAUGCCAUAAGAAAAUGUGAAAUUUUACAGAAAGUGUAGGCUCUUUUCACUAUUUUGACCCAUUUAGAAAACUUUUGCACAAAAUGAACUUCACACAAAACUAUUUCACGAUCUGACCCUUUUGGCAACGCCACAAGCCGUGGCGUUUCUUCUCUAUUUGGAAACGCCGAACUAGCUAGCGUUGCUGGCCUGGUCAGGACGCUACAUGGCAGGGCAGAAACGCCAAAGUAUCUCGCGUUUCUGGAAACGCCAAGUGUGGCUGGCGUUGGUGCCCAUGCAAGAAACGCCAUGGGUGUUGGCGUUGCAAGUUGCUUGCUCAUAUUGCCAUUUAUUUAUGAAGUGGAGCAACACUAGCUAGUUCGGCGUUUUCAAACAGAGAAGAAACGCCACGGUUUGUGGCGUUAUCAAAAGGGUCAGAUUGUAAAAUAGUUUUGUGUGAAGUUCAUUUCGUGCGAAAGUUUCCUAAAAAGGUCAAAAUAGUGAAAAAGGCCGAAAGUGUACGGGUGGUCCCUUACAUCUUACAAGUUAUAAGUGGUCAGAUUAAGCAAAGAUAUAUUUAACAUGCGCGCUAGUGUAUGAAAUGCAUUUACUAGUUUAUGAACUUAUCUAAUUAACUCCGCUCUGAAGUGAACUGGCCACUGCCACCUGCAUUAAGAAUAGGUCUUUUAUCACCCAGAAACUCUAUAGAAAAAUCUAAAUUUUUGGCGCCAUCUUAGCACUAUGUUUUUUCUGUUCAUCAGUAAUUAAAUGGUUUCCUUUCCAUUUUCUUUUCAUGGUCUUGUUUUAAUAUCUUUAUGGAUGCUCCUGGUUGAUCACUUUAUUUAUUGUUCCUUGUUUACCAUGUCAUGACCUUUUUUACAGAGUUUAUUAAAUGGAGCAAGUAUUCCAAGUUGUUUCUGAGAAGGUCUCUAGCUCUGUUGUGAUUGUUCGACAGCAUCCAUAUGGUCGAUAUUGUGUUGGUUCUGUAGUUUCCCCUCCAUCAAAUACCGAUACAACAGCAAUAAUGACAUCCUCGUGUUUGAGUGAAGAAAGCGGUAGAAUCUUUGUUCACUUCAAUGACAACACUGAACUGGAAGCAAGGAGAUUAGUGUCUGCAGAUCGAUUCACUUUGCUAGAAGUUGACUACAAAGCUGGUUGCAGUAUGAUUGAAUUUAGUGAAAUAGAUGUUAAUCAACCCUCAGAUGCUUUUAUUCUCGCUCCUAACUCGAAAUCCUGUUUAUCACAUAUCCCAGCAUUUGUGGUACAGCCUUCCUGUGCUGCAAGGGAUGCCAAAAUGAAUAACAUCGAAGGAUCUGAGAAUUACUUUUUGGUCUUAUGUCGCUCUGGGAACUUGCUUAACGUAGGAUAUGCUAUUCAGAACCAGUUAAUGUCUGCUCCGGUUUUUGAUUUAAACGGCAAAGUUAUUGGGCUAGUGACUUCUCAGUGUGGCACGGAUAAGACCAAAAAUGAUAUCAAGAUUGGACUUUUAGCCUCUCAUGCUCAGAAGAUUCGUGAUGACCUACUAGAGGAAAGCAAGAAAGAAAUGAAGGUAGCUGAGCGCUCUGAGGAAAGCAAGCAGCAUGAAGAAGGAGCUGAGACUAACAGCUCCGCGGGUACAAGAAAAAAGAAAAGGAGACUCAUGAAGGGAGGAAAGCCAGUAUGCUGAUGUACGCUUGCCUUGGCGUAUUCCGUAGAACAGAAGAAACUGAUGGUGAGGGUUUAGAUAGUUGGCACGCUAACGGCACUGGGCUGAUAUUUCCGUUUUAUCACUUCAUGCAAAUCUGGCAGCGAUGGAUGACCGUACCAGCUUCCAAGGGUGCUGGGACGAAGGCAUAGCCUCUUUUUGUUGGUUGACAAGCGUGUCUUGACACUCUUUUUUGUAUUACCAUCUUAUUCAAUUCUGAUAGCGAGCAAGGGCCGUUCAAACUUCCAGGUGUGCUGGGACACACGCAUAGGUUUUUUGUUGUGGUGGGCAAGCGUGUCUUGUCCUGACAGUGGCACCUUGGAGUCUUGUUAGCAAUGGUGGUCCAUUUUGGGAAUCAUGGUGAACCGCUAAUGUCGGAUUCUUGUAGGGAGAUGGCAGAUUUGCUAAUUGGGUUUGUAACUUCUGGGAAUAGCUGUUGCUAAACAUUAAUUUAAAAACAGGUUGCAUGCA